AUGUCUACUAUGAUGAGUCAAAGGAUGGAACUUCCUCAUCAAGUGGAAGAGUGGACGAGAGAAGAUGUCCAUUACUGGUUAACUGAAGUAAUUAAAGUGGAUAAAAAACAUGCAGACAAAUUGUAUGAGGAAGAAGUAUCUGGGGAAGAACUAGCUUGUUACCAGCCGAACCAUCUGAAGGAACUUGGUAUUAAACAUGGGCCAGCUGUUAAAAUCAUUGCCAGAUUUAAUGAGUUAAAAAAACUCCAUGAAAAUGAAUCAAAUUCUGAAUCUUCAGAACAAAGCCAAACACAUCAGACAGAAAUCAUGCAAAACAAAACAGUGGAAGUCAAAGAAAUUUUGUCAACUGUUCAAACACAAAUAUCCAUAAAAAAAACUGUACGAAAAUCACAGAAGAAAAGACAAGCUGAACGGAGACGAAAUAAUACUAUAGAACAACAACCAAGCAUGGGUGAAGCUUUCAUUGAUAACACUUCAAGCAGCACCCCUUCAGAAGUAACCCAAGCAGAAGAACCUUUACAAGUAGCCCUUUCUCAGGAGAAGCUUGCAAGAUCUUCUAAAGGUCAAUCCUUCAAAAACACUGAACAAACAGAGUCAGCUGACCCUAAAGCAUUAGUCAUUGUUGAUGAAGAUAAAUCUGGUCAGAAUAAAAAGAAAAUAAAGCAGCCGGUACCCUCACAACAUCAAUGUACUCUCUUUCCAUUUGAUCAGAACAGUGCCUCUCAUCGAUACAUUCAAAACUACACAUUACCACCAGAGACGGGACCAGGCAAUCUGAUUGAUCCAGUUCAUGAGUAUAAGUUCAUGGGCAGAACCGAUGAUAUUCAUGUAAUGAAGAAGAAGUUCAACAAAGAGGUGUUUCGUUUUGCAGCUGGGUGCAUGAACAGUCGCACAAAUGGAACCAUUCACUUUGGAGUAGCAGAUUCCAAAGACACUGAAUAUGCUCACGGUGAGAUCAUUGGUGUCAAAGUUGAAAACAAGGACAUCUUCAUAGAUCACUUCAAUCAGGGUAUUAAACCUUACUUUGAAGAUCAUACAGGUGAAGCAAAUAGCUGCAUCAGACAGCCACGCUAUGUAGAAGUACUGUGCCCUGACAGCAAGUUAUCUGGAAAAUAUGUCAUAGAGGUGGAUGUUGUUCCAUUUCACAGCAUAGUUCAAGGUAAACUAUUUUAUAUCCAGACUUUGGAUGAGGACAAUCAAUGGAAAAGGAGCAAAGGGCAAUCACUUUUUAUUCGAGAGGGAGCUGCAACACGGGAUAUCUGUAAAAUCGGUAACCCAAAAGAGUUACAGGCUAAAAUGGCUCAAAUUAAUACUCAAGUGAAUGUUCUGGACAACAUGAGAAAAGAGGCAGAAAAGAGACCUGAAAAGAAAAAAACAUCAAAUCAGGGGGAAAAUCUGAAAGAUCUGCUGACUUUUGGAGGAAACUGCCUUGGUCAUUAUGACUACUACAUCAUUGUAACAAACAAAAGCCACACUGAACAACUCCAGCAUCUUCAGUUCAUGACAACAUUAAAACUGUUCUGUGUACUUGAUUUUGAUCCAAACUCAGCAGUAAGUGGACUCUGUCAUGACUACACAAAAGUUCGAAUUGCAAAUCUUCACAAACCACAACAGUUUCUUGGGGACCCAGGAACUGUCGUAAAUACUCUCAACUUAUACAAACAAACAAGUUGGAUAUUUUGUAAUGGCAGAGAAGACCUCAACAAUGAAUCUGAAAUACCACUUCGACCAAGUGAAUGGUUAACAAACAAAGCAGGCGAGGUACAAGAUAUGAUCUCAUUCCUCUGCAAUUCUGACACUCUUCCAAGAGGACGAUUCUUAGUCAUAUUCCUCCUCCUUUCAACUGUUGAAACCAUGAAGGAUCCAAUCUUUCACACAUUUAUGUCAUUUCAUAAUUACCUUGGGGGCGCUGAAAGCAUUCUAAGUAUUUGCACUUCAGAUACUUCCUUUCAAAAAUGGAGAGAUUUCAUUCAAACCAUCAGUGGACAUGACAUUAGUCGGCGGAGUAUAUACGACCUGGAGCUUAGUGAAAUCAAUGGGACAAUACUGAAACUGGGACAGAAUAAGUCAAGUGCUGAGAAACUCCUUCCAUCUGCUGAAGGAAGUUCAGUGGUUCUCCUACAAAUGGAUGAGGACCUUAUGCCAUCUCUUGAUGUCCUUUGUGAAAAUGAGUGUGAUAAUAAGUUUGAUGAGGAUAGUAAAGAGUUUCAAGAGUUUAAACGCGAAAGAGAAGCUGAAUUCUAUAGAGGGGACAAAGUGAAAUGGUGGAAUUUCUAUUUCUCUGAGAAAAGUACAGGAAACCAAUUUAUUAAACGGGACAAAUAUGACCAACUCAAACGUAUGAUUGAAUCGAAAACUAAAAAUCCAACAAGCACGUGUGUCAUGCUGAAUCUUUUUCAUCAACCUGGUUGUGGUGGCACCACCUUAGCUAUGCAUGUCAUGUGGAAUUUGAGAAAGGAUUUCCGUUGUGCUGUACUUACGGACAACAUUGUGUCCAAACUUAAUGUAGCACAAGAAGUUGUCUACUUGGUACGGUGUGGAAAAACUGAGACCUCAGGAAUAACGCCUGCACUUUUGUUGGUUGAUGACUCUGAGGAGACAGAAAACACAGUGGAGCUUCAGCACUACAUUAGAAAAAUUCUUGAUGAAACAUGUCCAAGUGCACUUGUUGUCAUUUUGAAUUGUUUACGUUCAAAUAACCCAAAAGUUCGAUACUCAAACAGUGUCAUCGAGAGUCAGUACAUCACAGCAACACUGUCUAAAGAAGAACAGGAUGCCUUCGAGAUGAAACUAAAGGAACUUCAAGAAACACAUGAGAAACCAGAAAAUUUCUACAGUUUCAUGAUCAUGAAAUCAAACUUCAGUCAGGAGUAUGUUACAAAUGUUGCUCGUAACAUUCUUAAAGAUCUCAACAUUGAAAGCAAGCAAGCACAACUUCUUUCAAUCUUGGCAUUACUCAAUUCCUAUGUGGCUGAAUCAGCAAUUUCUGUGUCACUAUGUGAAGACUUUCUGGGCAUUAAAAUGGCUUUACGAUGGAGGAAGACAGUUUUGGAAGAAAUGCAACCUCAAUCCUGCCUGCUUAUUGAAGUUGAAGCUGAAUAUGGUGUGCACAAAGCAAUCCGUUUUGUUCAUCAACGUAUUGCAAAAGAGUGUGUCAAUGAGUUGGAAAAGACGCACAACAGCCAGAGAUCUGAAAUAGUCCGUAAUUUGUUGCAUUGUGACUUGUUUUUCAAAACUGGCAUAGGAAAAGACCAACUCUUACAAUCUGUUAAAAGCAUGCUAAUCACUCGGCAACGCAAGACAGAAGGUGAUGAGAAAGACACUUUGUUUUCACCCUUAAUUGAGGACAUCAACCAGAGUGAUGGGCUGAAAAACAUCCAAGACAUCUUUACUGAAGCAUCCAAACGAUUUGAUAAGGACUUUGCAAUCCCUCAAGCUUUAGCAAGACAUUUGUAUCUGACUGAAAAGAACUUUGCUCAAGCAAAAAACUGGGCAAACAUGGCUAAAACUAUCAAAGAGAACUCAUACACGCUUGACACAGUUGGGCAAGUCUCUAGAAGUGAGCUAAAACAUAAAAUCGAAAGCAAAAAACAAUUGACACCUGAUGACCUAAAGGAAUAUCUUGAUCUCUGCAAUGCUGCAGUCAUUGCUUUCCAAAGAGCUCAAACUUUGGCAAAGACAGACGAUGUUCCUGAUGAGAAAGAGACAGUUCAUAGGAAACCAAACACCUACAAUAUAUCUGGAUACAUGAACGAGAUUGACACUGCCAUGACAGUUUUUGAUAUUGUGAGGGGACUGCCAUUAUUUGAUGAAAGGGACAGCAUGAAAGAUGACUACAUUCAGCAGUUUUUCAAAGGCAAAAUGCCUAUUACAAACAUUCCCAUAAUCCAGAAUGAUGACAACAACAAAAUGGUUGAUAUUCUUAGGGAAAAUGAAACAUUCCUUGUUUCUUUAAAGUCUCACGUAGACAAAGCUUUUGAGUUCCUUGAAAUAUUCUUCACUUACACAAGAGAAAAAGGCAUCGUUGACAAAGAAAAGCAGGAUAAGAACAGAACAAAGCUUUCUGAGCACUUCAAAAAAUACAUCUCUCUAUUUUGCAGUUCAAAAGAGGAAAAGUUAAGUGAGAAAACACGUAAACCCAAACUUAGCAUGAACAUGGAAAUUGAGGAACAUCGAAUGUUCUUAGAGGAAAAAAGGGCAAAUAAUUUCCCAAGAAUUCUUCAGUUUCUGGAGUUCAGAAAGGACAUGAUUGAGCAAAUUGUUGAAAAACAUUCCUUUAUAUAUAAGAAUUGUGUCACAAAGUCACUCAAGGACAAAACAAAUUAUUUGCUAGCACACUUAAUUCUAAAGCUAAAUAAACCAAACUCCCAAUUUGCCAAACCCACAAAUGAACUCAUUGGUCUUCUAAAAGAAAUUUUGCAAGAAGUUGGAACACAACAUCAACAUCCAGAACCAUACUACCUAGCUCUACUGUUGCUGUGGCCUGGAAACAAUCAACCUGACCCCAGAAUAACUACAUAUGUGGAAAUGAUAAAAAAAUCCUCCAAAAGGCAACUCUCACACAUUUUCAGAGUCAGAAACUCAAUUGCCUACUUCUAUCUGGGAAAGGCAGAUGGAUUGGAUAGACUGCUUUCCAAAGCAUCCCUUGACAGCGACUUCAGAAAAGUACAGGGACGAGAACGCAACGUUCUAUGGCAGAAUGCAGACAUUUUCAAGGAACAGGCGAUUAAAGACAAGCUCCUUAGAGUACACGGCACAAUUGAGCUGGGUGAGGUUUACGCUGAGUACGGCAAGGUGAAGAUUCCUGUGCGCCCCACCUACCUAGGUGGAAUAAGAAGUGGUCACAGUACAGAGAGAGUUACUUUUUACCUAGGCUUUGCUAUUGAUGGACCACUUGCCUAUGACAUUCAAUAUGCAGACAGGUAGAUACUGUAAAUACAUAAACCCAUCAAAGCAUGUCUUACAUUCA